GGGUUCCAGCGUCUCCGUUACCAUAGCAACUAUAUAAUGUACAGUACAAACUACAAGUUGGUACAAAUUCGACACACUGAAAUUCACCUUUUGUCAUCAUCAUGGCGUAUAACAAGUUUUCUACACUUUAAGGAAAAGCAUUGAUAAUCGUCAGUUAAUCUUUUAAAAGGAAAUAAUUAAAUUAAUACUUUCCAGUAUUGCACUUGUUGCUCUUGGUAAUUUUAUUCGAAAGUUGCUGACGUACCAUGAGAGCUGAAAUCAACCAAUUCAGCACGAUUUAUAUUCCAAAGAGAACUUAGGUGAAAUGAUACGUUGAUCUAUCAAGCUAUACUUAAUACAACCAUGGUAUAUAAUAAUAAAACUAUUACAGUAUAGACUUUGUUUAUAAACCUCGUUUGUAUUGUGGUGCUAAACUGGUUGCUUAUACAAACUAGUUAGAUAUUUAAGUAAAUAUUUACACUCAAGAUUGAUAUUGAUGUUUAGAAAUAAAUACGCAAUUAAAAUUAAAUUCCACUAAAAAAUGGAUGGCCCUGAUAAAACAGCAGAAAGUAAAUCGGCUACAGAUGGUGCGCCGCUUCAGGGAGCCUCCAGCUCCAGGUUGUGUAAGAAAUUGGGUGUAGCAGUCAAGGAUGAGGUGGUGGCCAGGUCUGUAUUGGUUAAAUUCCUCGGGCCCAGAAAGAAGAAGGUGAAGACCCCAUACAUACCGCCGUCGGAGAAGGACUUAUUCCAGUACAGUGGACGGACGGCCAGGCAGCUGCACCAGGAUGGUGUUCAAAGUGGAACAGCAGCUCAGAGUGCAUCUAGGGUGAGGCGAGGAGGUGCGUUGGAGUCUGGCGUCGUGGGGCGUGAGGAACACCUGGGUCCACCUCGCCGCAGACGUACUUUACUGUCCAACACACAGCCACAGACAGCUACAGACUACCUCCUAGCAGCCCGUACCACAGCAAGGGAUAAGAACCUAGCAAGAGUAGCCGAGGUUGAGUCACAGCGCCUGGAAAAGGAGCUACAAAGUGAGAGGGCCAUCAACAGUGACCUGGAGUCACAGUUACAGUACCAUGAAGCAGCAUUACAGGAGUUCCUUCAACAUCAUUAUCGCCAAGUGACUGAAGCUUUAACAAAAGGUGAUACAGCUCGGCGUAACUUAACAGAGCAGGAGUUACGCAUAGACUACUUUACUGGUUUGCUAACUGAGGCACAGACAGUUCAGGAAGAGGAAGAAGAGCAUUUGCAAGAACUUACAGCAUUUCAGCAGUUUCUGGCAGCUGUCACUCCAUCACAGUCACUAAAAGAUCUCAAGAGAAGGCUCCAGGAAGUGCAGGAUGAAGUUAAGGCCUCCCAUGGAGCGGUGGGACACAUUGAAGGCUCUGAUGAUGCCACAUCUUCUAGCUCUAUCGAUUUUGCUCUUGCAGCCUCACUUGUGGCUGCUGGUAACAAUGAAAUUAUCUCAUCUGCUGGUGAGGGAAGUGGAGGAGGAACAUUGGGAGCCGACCUGAUGUCAUUACGUAUGAUAAAGCCAGGAAAUGCCCCAAGUCGAUCCCCCUCCAGGACAGGAUGCACUCUCUCUCAAAGUAUGUCAUCAGAGGACAUUCAAGACUUCAUGACCACAUCUCAAGAGGAUUCAGAUACCUGUGAUGCUGGAGCCUUUGAUGAGUUCCUUGAUGAUGAUGGUCAUUUGGUGGAUCUGGCCAGUGUGUAUGAGAAUCAGUGCCAUGCCCUCCUGGCUCUUCUCACCAGAUUGAAGGACCAUACAGAAGCCAUCAACAAAGAAGUGGUUACUCGUCAGAAGAGGCUAGACACACGCCUUCAAGAUAUCCAGCAGCUGCAGGAAAAGGCAAGAGGGGGAGGGCAUGAAGAGCAGCUGCAAGAUCUUCGUACCCUCAUUGGUGAAUGGCCAAGAUUAUCUGGAGAUGCUGAGGCCCAGAAUCAACUUGAUCAGCUUGUUGCACAGAUUGCAGAAGUGGUGAGUGAUGUGUUUGGGUCAAGUGAGUACUCCCCACUUGUACCUCAACCCCCCCAAGCAGAGACAAACCAGAAGAAACAAGUCCCAAAGGUUACUACUGAACUAGAUCAGCAGAAGGCAAGCACAUUCCUGCACAGGAGACAACUGGUGACCCAGGAAAUGAACCUACAGUGAGUGCUGGGAUGGGACAAGAGGCCUUACUGGCAUUACUGGAGGCACGAGUUACCG